UCUAGAAAAGUCGCACGAAGUACUCAAAAUGUCGGCCAGGUUUAUUGUGAGAUUUGGCCGGCAAUUUUCACCCUUUUUGAAAGGACACCCGAAGUUAAAUCUUUGUACUACUAAAGUUCAACAUGGGAAGAACAUGUCUAUAUUGGCAGGUCUGCCAGAAACCCAUGAAAUGUUGCGUAAAACUUGCGCGGAUUUCGCGGACAAUGAACUAAAACCGAUAGCAGGAAUGGUGGACAAGGAGCAUAAAUAUCCACGAGAACAGGUCAAAAUGCUUGGUGAACUAGGUCUCCUGGCUGUUGAAGUUCCAGAAUCCCUUGGUGGUACAGGAAUGGAUACUCUGGCUUAUGCAAUAGCAAUGGAGGAAAUCAGUAGAGGUUGCGCAACAGCAGGCGUCAUCAUGAGUGUUAAUAAUUCGCUAUACCUUGGCCCACUGCUAAAAAAUGCAACAGAGGAGCAGAAAGAAAAGUGGAUCAAACCCUUUGUCAAUGGUGACCGUGUUGGAUGUUUUGGACUCAGUGAACCAGAUAAUGGCAGUGAUGCAGGUGCGGCCAAGACGACAGCCGUACUGGAUGGCGAUCAUUACAUCCUUAAUGGUACUAAAGCAUGGAUAACCAAUGGCUAUGAAGCAGAAGCAGCUGUGGUUUUUGCCACAACAGACAGAUCACUAAAACACAAGGGUAUUAGUGCUUUUGUCAUUCCAAAGCCUUGUGAAGGUCUAUCGUUAGGAAAGAAAGAAGACAAACUUGGCAUAAGAGGUUCUUCUACUUGUUAUUUAAUAUUUGAAGACUGUAAAAUUCCUAAAGAAAACUUACUAGGAGAGCCAGGCAGAGGGUUCAAGAUUGCCAUGGAAACAUUAGAUGCUGGUCGUAUAGGGAUAGCAGGACAAGCUCUUGGAAUUGCACAGGCAGCCUUUGACUGUGCCAUAGAAUAUGCUGAGAAAAGGGAGUCUUUUAACCAGAAGAUCAGUCAACUACAAUCAAUUCAGAUGAAGCUUGCCGACAUGGCAACGAGAAUAGAGAGUGCAAGGCUAUUAACAUGGAAAGCUGCUGCCUUGAAAGAUGCGGGAAAGAACUUCACUAAGGAAGCAGCCAUGGCUAAACUAGAAACAUCAGAGGUGGCAACAUUUGUCUCACAUCAGUGCAUUCAAAUCCUUGGAGGGAUGGGCUAUGUAACUGACAUGCCAGCAGAACGCCACUACAGAGAUGCAAGGAUAACAGAAAUAUACGAGGGGACAAGUGAAAUUCAAAGACUCGUUAUAGCAGGCYGGCUUCUAAAGGAGUAUGCCCAGUGACAUUCCUUCUCAUGGAACAAGACCUUUUUAAUUCAAAACUAUUUAUUAACAUGUCAGAACAGAUCAGAAAGGAUACUGAUGAUACUGGAUACUAAAUUCAAUUUUGGUCACUGGCUUUAUAUCGGAGUACAGUUUCUUAAUGAUUUUGGCCAUCAAAUCAACUGCACUGGAUAUUUUUGACACACACUAUGACAAAUGGUUGAUCAGGACAGUGUCUUGCAAAUAUUCCCUUGCAUUAAGUCAUUGCAUUAUGUCAUACAUGGACUGUAUAGCGGCUGCCAGAGGCGCCAACACAUGCUUUCAGUUCCAGCUGCACAACUGCUCGUACUUUGCUGUGGUGAUUAGCAAUGAGUUUCUAUCCUUUUUUUGCAAGUGCCUUGCAGUUCUGCAUUUUCAGGGAGCCUUGAUUCUUUCAAUUGUGAAUUAUGAGUAUUUUUUAAAUUUAGGUCUUAGACUCACACUAACAUAAGCCUUACAGUCUCAAUAAAUCUUGCUUGAACUUGAAAAAGCACCCAGUUCAAAGGGCAGGCUUACAUUUGAAAACAUAAAGGCUAGUAUGUAUAAUACUUACAGUGGGUGGG